GUGCGCCUUGCGUUAUUUCUUGGGGUCGCUUUCUCGGGACAGCGACUUGGUCAGCAUCAGUGUUCUCGGGGUUUCGACAGCGUAUAGUGUGUUUGAAACGCUAAGUGCCUUUUUCCAGUUUUCUUCCCUCCUAAGCGAACAACAAAAACACAAACACCAUGGACGCCAUCAAGAAGAAGAUGCAAGCGAUGAAGCUUGAGAAGGAUAAUGCCAUCGACAAGGCAGAUACCUGCGAGAAUCAAGCUAAGGAUGCCAACUCCCGCGCCGACAAACUCAAUGAGGAGGUGCGCGAUUUGGAGAAGAAAUUCGUUCAGGUUGAGGUCGAUUUGGUCACCGCCAAGGAGCAGCUGGAGAAGGCCAACACCGAAUUGGAAGAGAAGGAGAAACUGUUGACCUCCACGGAGUCCGAGGUUGCCACCUUGAACCGUAAGGUCCAACAGAUUGAGGAGGAUUUGGAGAAAUCUGAGGAGCGCUCAACCACCGCACAACAGAAGCUGUUGGAGGCCACACAAUCGGCCGAUGAGAACAACCGUAUGUGCAAAGUAUUGGAGAACCGUUCCCAGCAGGAUGAGGAGCGUAUGGAUCAGUUGACCAACCAAUUGAAGGAAGCCCGUAUGUUGGCUGAGGAUGCUGAUACCAAGUCCGAUGAAGUGUCCCGCAAGCUGGCCUUCGUUGAAGACGAGCUCGAAGUUGCUGAGGAUCGUGUCCGCUCCGGUGAAUCCAAGAUCAUGGAGCUGGAGGAAGAAUUGAAGGUUGUCGGUAACUCCCUGAAAUCUCUGGAAGUGUCAGAGGAGAAGGCCAACCAGCGCGUUGAGGAAUUCAAGCGCGAGAUGAAGACCUUGUCCGUCAAAUUGAAGGAAGCCGAACAGCGCGCCGAGCACGCCGAGAAGCAAGUGAAGCGCCUGCAGAAGGAAGUCGACAGGCUAGAAGACGAGCUGGGCAUCAACAAGGACAGAUACAAGUCUCUUGCCGACGAGAUGGACUCCACAUUCGCCGAAUUGGCUGGCUAUUAAGCGUGGCACUGAGCGGAGCCUCUGGAACGAUGGACGAAGAGAAGAUCAGAAGAAGAAGAAGAACUCAAUUAAAUGUAAACGAAUAUCAUCUCAAGAUCAUUUUGCAAAUCUAAAAAACAAUACCAAGAACAACAUCCAUUGUGUAUAUCUUUAAACAAAAAUCUAUUUCUAAAUAAAUAAAUAACACCAACAACUAGA